AUGUCUGCUUCGGAUAACAAGACGGAGGAGUGUACCACAGAGGAGAGGGUGGAGAGCCUCGACAGGGUGUCAGAUGACGAGGAGAAUAUCAAGAUACACGCCACGACAUACAUAGCAGUGGCAGCUAUCUGUUUCCUGGCCCUCUCUCAGCUCGUCAUCAUCAUCGGAUCAGGACUCUUGGCCCAAGCCAUGGGUACUCUCUUCGGCGAUGUAAACAACUCAGUAUGGUUCAGCUCAAUCAUCUUGAUAGAGUCGAUUGCUCUGAUGCCCGUAGUCGGUUAA